GUUCCGCAGCUGCACAAGCCCGCCAUGGGAACGGCAGGAGCAGGUCGUUGAGAUCAAGGAACGCGAUUUUCCAGUUCAAGGUCGCUUCAUUCACCAAGACGGAAAAGUGGAACGCGCUGGACGUAUUCCGCUUUUGCGAAUCGCUACUUGCUUACUCUGUCCGGAGAGGCAAGCGUCUUUUUCGUGGUCAACGUUCCACUGUCAUGUUUUUGACGCGUCAACACACAACUAUCGCGUACGCAGCGGUGUGUGUACUCCGUAUGUACUGUACGUACAUCCAGUGACGGCUCGGGUGCUGCUAUAAAUACACUGGCCCGAAAUUGCUCUGGCUAGGUUUAAACGCCAUUUCGACUAGCAGAAUGUUUGGGUUGAAGGCCAGAGCAAAAUGGCACAUCUUGCGCAAUUGGGGGCGCUGAUAGACGACCUGGUCGCGGCCGUCGCUGCGAUCCCAACGAGUCAGCAUGAAAGGCGAGUCGCCUGUCGUGAGGCUGUUCUGCGCAGCCUGCGCAGCCACACUUUUACCCGGACAAACCACUUCGAGGUAGAGGACCGGCUGAACGGCCUGGAAGAGCGCUUCUCUGUCGUGGGCCGAGAUGGCCUGGCAGAAGCUCUGCGCGCGCGGCGGGAUGCGCUCGAAUCAUGUCGCGACCAGUUCACUCCCGAAGUUCUGCACUUACUUCUUGAGCUUGCCGAUCAACCAGCGCAAAAGUCCAACCUCAAUGACCUGGACGCGCUGGUCGAGCCUGAGGAGGAAGCUCCACCGCCAUUGACCUGGCGGGAUAUUGCCAAAGAGGAUGGCUGGAAACAGGAAAAGGACAUUUGGAGAUUCGUCGACUAUUCUCUCGGCUCCAGCGAUGAGGAGGACGUAGACUGGCAAUCAGAAGCAUCUGCCGAGUCCUUGACGACCGCCUCUUCGGCCGACGACCAACGCCAUCGCACGGCGCACGACCUAGCCAUCAAACCGCAGGGCACCGAUCUUUUGAUGAGGGUUCACGAUGCUCAGGGUUGGAGGCAUGCGUCUGCAGUGGAUGAGAACGGCAGACCCAAGAAGAUACCCGUCUCAACGACCCAGUUCUUCCGCGAGGCUCUCUUCAUGCUGGCUGGCCUCGAGACAAGCUUGUUUGACACGAGAUGUAGCCCUAUUACAAAGUACCAGCUUCGAGGCGUGUCGUGGGAGUCUUACAAGGCUCUCGCGACGGCAUUCUCGGAGUGCGGCCGGAAGCUUGCCCCGUUGCGGGCCUACGUCGAGAACAGAGAGCACUCUCCGCUUUUGCAGGUAUUUCAGGACUGUCUCCAGGAAGCCCUGCGCUCUCUCGACUUGGAGUUAUCCUCGAUUCAAGCUCGCGUUGUCGCCGCCGAAGAAGAUGUCGUCGUGAGCCUCAUUGGGGUGCUCGAAGAGCUCGGCCCGAAACUGGCGCCGCUGUAUGUGUUAGCGGAUAUUGUGUGCCAGGUUCAGGAGGAGCGGAAUCCACACGCAUUUCGAUAUCUCGAACUCCUUUACGACGCCGUUGGGAUGGCCCAGUUGCGAGACAGCCGUGCCACGUACACCCUGCUCGGGACCAUUUUCCUGGACUGCUUUCAGGUGUACCUGAAACCGAUCCGGCUCUGGAUGGAAGAAGGGAAGCUUCUGCAGGGCGACCGAACCUUCUUCGUCCUAGAGUCGCCAACUAAGCUCCCACUGUCCCAGGUCUGGAAGGGCCAGUUCAACUUGCUACGAACUCCUGAAGGCAACCUGUAUGCGCCGCGUUUUCUGAAGCCAGCGAUUGAUCGCAUCUUCACCGCAGGCAAGAGCAUUGUCGUGCUGAAGCACAUGAAGCAGCACGAGGCCACCAAGAAAUACCAAGCCACCGCAGAGCCAAAGAUGGAUUUUGCAACCGUUUGCCCAGACGACCUCGAGUAUGCUCCCUUUGGUGAGCUCUUCGGGCUUGCCUUCCAGGCAUGGGUCCAAAGCAAACACCACACGGCAGCCGCAACGCUCCGAGAGCUGCUCUUUAGCUCAUACGGCCUGUCUGAGAGUCUCCACGCGCUACAUCACCUCUACCUGAUGUCGGACGGCGCAAGAUCGGACUCUUUCGCCUCGUCCAUUUUCCGACACCUAGACAACUUCAGUAACAGCUGGCGAGAUCGCUUCACCUUGACAGAGAUCGCCCAGGAGGCCUUCUCGGCGUGCGUGGAUACCUACCGCCUCUCUGCGGACAUCGAUUCGCGCGGUCUCACCCACAGCGCUCUCGCCUGCCGCAACUCCGUUCGCAUCAGCCUCCCCGCUAUUCGCCUCCACUACCGCCUCAGUUGGCCCGUCCAAAUCGUCAUCACUGAGGAGGGGAUCCGAGGCUAUCAGACCCUCUUCACCUUCCAGCUGCAAGCCCGACGAGCACUCUCCAUCCUGCGACAUCCUAUAGCCCCCCUGCAACGACGCGACGGCGGCAGCCGCGGCACAGCCGGCAUGGCACGCUACUACCUCUUGCGCAGCAAGCUCCUCUGGUUUGCCAACGCCAUCGUAACCUACCUGACCACCUUGGUUUUCGCGCCGAACACGGCCCGACUCCAGGCGGAUCUUCGUAGCAGCACCUCAGCUGCAACAACGCCAACAUCAACGACGCCAACAACAGCGGAUGUCGAUGACAUGAUCGCCACGCAUGCGGCUUUUGUGUCGCGCAUCGUCGAAGAGUCGUGCCAGGGCGCGAAACUGCGGCCCAUCCGUGACGCCAUGCUCGACAUCUUUGACCUGGCGAUUCGGCUCGCGGACGUGCAGCGCGCCGAGGUGGCGAAACUGGAGGAGGAAGAGAUGGAAAUCUCCAGAUUGUCGGUCAUGUCGUCGCCUUUCAAGGCGUCGCCUGCAAGGAAGGGUAGAGAUGGUGGCAGGAAGAGGAGGAGCGUGCUUGAUGAGGAUGGGGACGUGGAUGACGAGGACGAGGGAGGACUGGCUGCGCAGUGGAUGGUCGGGAAGAAGGGGGGGAGCGACGAGGGCAAACCGCAUGCGGUUGUGCUGAAAGAGCUCGAAGCGGAUUUUGAGAGGCACUUGAGGUUCGUCACCAGCGGUUUGAGAGGCGUGGCGAGGGCGAGUAAGGAGGAGGCGGCUGCAAAGUGGGAUCUGCUGGCGGAGAUGUUGGAGGCUGGGAUCAAGGAAUCGACCACAAUUCAUUGAACGUUUCGUUGUCCUUCAAGCCCUCCCUCUUCUUGUUCUCAAUGCCUGGUACACUGACUGAUGUCGACGUUGCGACCCGCCUCAUCGCGCGCCCGAAGUUCUGCCGGA